GUCUUGUCUCAAAGCCUUGAGCGUUGCACCGACGCGAAACCAGCACGGAUGCGGCGUGCGAGAGACGGCCUUUGUCCCACCAGUAGCCAGCCGCAUCAUCAGCCCUGUUCCAGCCUCCCCGCUAACAAGUUUGGCGCAGAGCCACAUCCGGCUUCAGCGCAACAUCAGCGGCAAGUGGCAUAUCCGUGCUGUCGACGCUCGCUGGCAAUUGCUCCAGUCCUUGUCUUCUAUAUCCCCCUUCUCUCCUCUUCAUCAUUGUGCUUCUUGUUGAUACUUUGCCUCUAAUUGAAACCUCCCGCUGCCCACCAAACCAUGUCCGAGCCUUCGUCGUCCUCCGCAGCUUCGUCGUCCUCCAGGCCGGUGAUCCCCUCACUCGCCGCCUCGCUCAUCACCGAACUCCAGGCCCCUCCGUCGCCGCGCACCCAUCGCGCCCUCCGUCGCCUCCAGUCGGCCCAUACUCUCGGCGCCCGCGCCAACAACCCGCCCUCGCUCAUCUCGCAGCAGCGCCAGCGCGAGCAGCAACACAAUGUCUCGCCUACUCGUGCUUCGCCAAGCCCAGGCACUCUCGCCCCCGCUGCCCCAGUCCACCGCUCGCCCACGCGCGGCCGCGCAAAUAGUGAUGCGACGCCGCCGCUUGUCCACCAGAUGAACGUUGUCACCGCCAGCAAGCGCGCGGGUGCGAAGAAGCCCGUCUUCUCACACGGCCACCUGUCUCUGCAGCAGAUCAUCCGCGAGGGGCCGACAGACGGCGACUUCCUGGGAGCCUUGGAGAGUGCGCGCUGGAAGGUCAUUGAUGGAGGUGUCAAGAGCGCCGAGGAUGGAAUGUCAACGCUGAGGAUCUACGUCUGGAUGGUCCUCCUCGACGCCCCCAUCCUCUCGACCGAUGACUACCUUGCCCUCAUCCACCGCGGCGCCUCGCCGGCCUACUCCAAGAUCCGCAACGACACCUUCCGCACCCUCACUACCGACCCGCUCUUCCGCCGCCGGGUCAGCGAGGCCAGCCUCAUCCGCCUGCUCAACGCCAUCGCCUGGCGGCUCCACGACUCCCGCGAGGAGCAGCGCCAGAGCCGCCCUGGCAGCAGCCGCGCCUCCAUCUCUAGCCAGUCGCACACCAGCACGUCGUCUCCCACCGCCCGGAGCCGCGCCCGCGCCCUGACCCUGACGACCGAGGGCUCCGAGUCCGGUGCCGGCGCCGCGGCCCCGGAGCCGGGCACAUAUGUCCAGGGCAUGAACGUCCUAGCCGCCCCGUUCCUCUACGCCGCCCGCAGCGAGGCCGAGGCUUUCGUCGCCUUCCACUCCCUGCUCACCCGCGAGUGCCCCGGUUAUAUCCGAGGUGCCAUGGACGGCGUGCACCGGGGCCUCGCCCUCGUCGACAAGGUCCUUGCCAUCGUAGAUCCUAAGCUAAGCAUGUAUCUCACGGCCAAGGGACUCUCUGCCGAGAUUUAUGCAUUUCCCUCCGUGUUGACUCUCUGUGCUUGCACGCCUCCGUUGCCUGAAGUUUUGCGUCUCUGGGACUUCUUGUUCGCCUACGGGCCUCACCUCAAUAUUGUUUGCAUCGUUGCUCAGCUUACCAUUAUGCGAUCUCAAAUCCUCCAGUCUCCAAGCCCCAACAAAGUCCUGCGCUCAUUCCCCCAGCUGAAUGCGGAUCUCGUCAAGUCUGUCACCAUCGGAAUCAUCAAGAAGAUCCCCGAUGAUGUCUACUCUGAGAUCGUUUCCCACGCCCUCUAAAACCUGGAUCCGCAAUCAAUAUGAUAGUGAGAUGUCGGUAACAGGCCACAACGCCCGGUCAGGCAAAGCAUCAUAGGCAGGGGUCCUA